AUGCAAGACAUCAAACAUCAAGUCAAGGAGAGUUAUAGGCGUCGACGCACUCGGAGCUCUGGUACUACGCGCUUGCACAGCUCUUCGUCGCAGCGAAAUAGGCACGAGUGCAAUGCAAGUUUCUUCAAUCAAUUACCCUCAAACGCUCUUGCAACCUUCGCGUCGUCGGUAUCGCCGUCUUCGAUAUGGCCUCAGGAAAAUCCUGUGGCAUCAGACGGUAGCUCGGAGUCUUCUUAUUCCCAGCACAACAGGGCCUCGGAGAACGAGGAUCGACUGAAUGCAUUUGACGCAUACUUUGUAGUGGACAACGCACGUUCUGGGACGCAGAAUGCACAAGCCUAUGCGCCGGGCCCGGAAUGCAAGGGUAAUAAUGACCCAGGAACCGGGGAGGGUGAGGAAGAGCCGAAUCGGGACCAGGCUUCAUUUGACUCUGACGAACGAGGCCUGGACCUUAUUAUGUACUAUCUGGAUUUCAUCUAUCCCAGGCUGGUUCCGUAUCUGGAACUAUCCGCAGGGGGCAAUGGCAGAGGUUGGCUUCUCAAUCUUUUCCUCCGGACCAAACCCCUGUACACGGCCGCCAUCUGCCUGAGCGCGUGCGACAAGGCGCAAUUUGUCCUCGGACCGCUCAGCGACAUACCACAACCGAACCACGACUUGGAGAUGCAGCAUUUGCAAAGCGUUGCCGGUCUGCGCACUCACCUCUACCAGUUGUCCAAGAAGGCGGGCGCAAGUCAACUGGCAGCCGGGGUGGAAGCACUGGCCUGUAUCAUGCAUUUGAUUCUCUUCGAGCUCUGGAUCCCACGUAAAGGGCUCAUGAACGACUGGGUAAUGCACCUCGACGCGGCCAGUGCUCUGCUGUCAUCCCUUGACCAGGCUGCAUCGCUGGUAUCUGACGGCUCGCCCAACUCCAAUGGGUCGGACAUGAUCGAACCCGAGGUCAAAUGCGAUAUCCCCAUCCAUCUUCUCUCCGAAGGGGAAAAGUCGGCCUUUGAAUUCUUCCUCGGCAUGUACACUUACUGCUUCAUAAACGCCACCGCCAGCCUUGGCUUCACCCCUCAGUCUGCGCAAUCGAUCGCUCGACUUCGCGCCUUGUACCACCAGUGGCCGAACAAACUGAGCACCGCGCUCGGAUGCGAAGACUGGGUCAUGCUCACCCUCCUCGACAUUGCUGUCCUCAAGGAUUGGAAGCAGAAAGAAUCCAAAGCCGGCACACUGAGCCUGAGAGACUUGAAUCACCGCGCCAACAUCAUCGAAGGUCGCCUUCUGGACGGCCUGGCAAAGGUCGAGCACCCACUGCCUGCUUCGGCAUCGUUCAUACAGGAAGGCACACGCAUGGUCACCAAUACCUAUAUCAAUGGUGCCCUGGUUUACCUCCACGUCGUUGUGUCGGGAUUCUACCCGCACAUCCCAGAGAUACGGCAAAGUGUUUUGCGGACGCUACAGGCGCUGGAAUAUAUGCGUGAGCAUUCGAGGGUCAAUUUCCCCUCCUGGCCUUACUGCGCCGCUGGCUGCUUGGCUUUGGAAUCGGAAUACCCUCGCUUCCGUGCGCUGGUGCCUCCGUUCGAAAAGGGUAAACAUCCUCUAGUUCUGUCCAGAUGGACGCUGGAAAUAAUCGAGGAAUGUUGGAACACUCGAGCUUCGCAGCCGCCAGGUAAAGAGACGUGUAGUUGGGUCACAGCUAUGAAUCAUUUGGGGACUAGACUAUUGCUCUUGUAA